GCGGGAGUUCAAAACAAGUCUGGGCAAACUUAACCGUUGUUUAGCCACGAAUUAAAAGGAUUGGUUGAAAAUAAAUGGCUUCAUAAACAGGUUGAUGAUUGAUUAAACAGAAGUUGUACUUGUUGUGUUAAAACUAUUUAAACUAAAAAUGGAGGUAUCAGAUAGUCCAUGUCCAGCUGCCAAUCAGGCUACUAAACUCUACAAACCAAAUACAGUGAUACAGACUUUAAAAUUUGGUGCCAUGAGUCCUGGAAGUGACAAUAAACAUCAUGAAAAUCAUUCGAAUUCCUUACGGUCACAAAUGUUCCAUAGACAUAUCAGUGACAACUUGCAUAACGAGGUGGAACAUGGCGUAAUGACUGACAUUGAUUCUCCUUGUGUUAGCCCAAUAGGUCUAUGUGAUAAUGACAAUGACAAUGUUUUUACUAUCAGUCCACUAGUUAAUGAUUUAUCUCCUAUACUUAAAGACAAAAAUGUUGGUAGUUCAAGUAGUAAUGGCAGCCAACAUUCUUCAAAAUCAUACAGCUCAAAUCUUAGUCCUUGUAACAAACAAUUCAUGGAUAGUCCUUAUUCUAUUUAUACUUCGUGUAACUCUUCCAAAUCUCGGCAUCACAGUUCUUCCCCAGUACCAACAUUACAAUCUAGUCCUGGCGCUGUGUUAUUUAAAACUCCAGGGCGAGAAGUGAACCCACCUCAUUCUCGGACACCAAAAGACAAUGUUGGUUCAGUGAAAAAGUGUUCCAGUGAUUCCAAUGUACCUGAUGGUCAUAUAAUUAACCCCUUUGAAGAUGGUAUGAUUGAUAAAUUAAACCUUCCAGCCUUCAGUCCCAGUACUUUCACUGUUUUAUCAACUCCUUCUACAGAUGGUAGAGCUCCAAAACCAUUUCGAUGGUCUAUAGAUCAGAUAGCAGCAUUAAAUCCAGCAGAUAUAGAUGAAAUGCCACACCAUCAGGAGAGAUUUAUAUCACCAGAUAGAGAGUUAGAAGAAAGAGCCCAGAAAGCCAUUGAUCAGUAUUUCUCAAACCACCUGAUAGUGCCUUCACCUUGGAAUUCAACUUCUAAACCUUUUACUUUGCCCAGAACUCCUCAAAUGGGUAUGAUGAUUGUUGAUGAAUUAAAAGGUUCUAUACAAAAAGAAUUAACAAAAAAACGUAGAACCCAAGAUGUUUCCUGUCAGACAGUAUUGUCUCUACCUUUAGAUUUUGAUAUUGGUUCAGUUUUAGCGCAAUAUAUGAAUCAUAAAUCAGAAGAUGAUGUAGUGUGUGAAGAUUUAAGUUCUUCUUCAUUACGUAGAAAAUUAUUCUUCCAAGGUGACGGCAAUACUUCUUUUAGUCCUGUCAAAUUAGGUAAAAGUGAUGCCUAUCAAGCUAUGCAGGAAGAGAGUCCAACUGUAUCUAAAAGACAGCCUACUCCAGAAUGGGAACGACACACACCUUUAAAAACACCCUCUUCUGCUCAGUUUGCUUCCAGUCCAAUCAACACCAAUAAUUCCUGUAAAAAAUAUCAUCACCUCAGAAGAACAUCUUCAACAGAGGCAGAGUUCCUGGCAUCACCAGAGUUGUCUCCCAUAAAUAGGCGCCAUUCUGGUGGGAGAUUGAGAACUAUAAGGUCAUCAGGUGAAUUUGCUCCAGUAUCUAGUUUAUGUACCAGUCCUAUUCAAGAAAAUUUCAGUGACCAAGAGUUCCCUCCCCUUCCAAGUCCUAACAUGUCCCCUAUCAGAAAGGAAUUAGGAGCAUCUUAUCUUCCAGAAAAUGAUGAAUGUUCUGAUGAGUCAACACCUCAUGCCUCAAACCCGAGAUCUUACAGUAGUAAAGUCAGUCAGUUUACACUGUCACCUCAGUUUCAAACUAUCGACAACGCUACCUGUACUACCAGUAUAUCACCACUAGCUCUGACAGAGGCCACCGCCAUGGAAACAGACGCUUUCAAAUCAUGUGAUCCAAUUACAGACAUCCCAGAUUACUCUGAUAUGGAAAUGAACAGUGAUAAUGCUCCAUUGCCAAAUUCGACCAAUCAGGACACAGGAUACCAAACUGCCAGUAUUCAAUUAACGAGUCUUCAUACUAACUUAACCAGUCAAUUUAGCUCUCUACCUCUUAGAACUGAAUCUAGUAUUGACCCCCAUGACCUUGGUGACAGCUUUAAUUAUAGCCAAUCAAAUCCCUCCUCUGCAUUAGAUCUUGAACCUGAAAGUGAUGCAGGAGGCAAAAGUCAGGCUGAUUCGUUGUUAUCUGAAGGAAAGGGGCUUGAUAAGGUGAAAAAUGCAUUGAAUUUUGCAUCCAGUUUGUAUCCAGAUAGUUUAGAUGUAUCAUUGAACCCUGUUGGAUCCUCCACACCAACUAAAGGAGGUUAUACUAUAAUCAAACAAAAGCUAUUUCAUAAUGCUGUCGGUGAAGACAUUGAUUUUAAACCAGAAACACAACUCGGCAGUCAGAUGGCUAUAGAGAUAAUGAGAAGAGCUGGAGAAGAUUUAGCCAAGUUUUCUGCUGUACAGGACUCCCAUUAAUAUCUAGUUGGUUCAUGGUAGAUGAUAGAGAUUUCACUAUGUGGCAUUUAUUCUGUUGGAAAUGAUCAAGAGCCAGGAUCUUUCACUGGAGAUAAUGAGUUUUAUUUAAUUUUCUAAAUAUGCAUAAUCCUUGCCUCUUUUAAAGAAAUGAGUUGCUAUCAUUUGAAAACUUUCAAACUAGUGCCUUCAAUAUCUAUACAGAAUAGGUAUAGUUACAUGAACAAUUGAACAUGACACAUUAAAAACUCCAAUAAACAUUCAGACGUU